UGACAUCACUGGAGGAAUUCAAACUUAAAGGUUCCUGCUAAGAAUAAGGACGUUUCAUUUUCCUCUUACUGUUGGGUCUGCUGUGGCCGGUCUGGGAGGGUUGAGCCCUGGUCCAGCCCCGAGUGGAGAGCGAGCCUCUCACCAUGACAGCCUGUUGCAGCUGGAACGAUGUUUUCCAGUAUGAGACAAACAAAGUCAUCCAGAUCCAGAGCAUGAAUUAUGGCACCAUUAAAUGGUUCUUCCAUGUGUUGUUCUUCUCCUACAUUAGCUUUGCUUUGGUGAAUGACAAGCGGUACCAAUGGAAAGAACCUGUCAUCAGUUCUGUGCAUGCCAAGGUGAAAGGGGUGGGAGAGGUGAAAAAGGAGAUUAUGGAGAACGGACUGAAGAAGGUAGUGUGGAAUGUCUUCGACACGGCAGAUUACACUGUCCCCUUGCAGGGGAACUCUUUUUUUGUGAUGACAAACUUUCUCAAGAUAGAAGGCCAAGAGCAAGGGUUGUGUCCUGAGUACCCCACCCGCGGGACGCUCUGUUCCUCUGACCGGGGCUGUAAAAAGGGAUGGAUGGGUCCAAAGAGCAAAGGAAUCCAGACCGGCAGGUGUAUAGAGUAUAAAGGGAAGCAGAAGACCUGUGAAGUCUCCGCCUGGUGUCCCGUGGAGGCAGUGGAAAAGGCCCCAGAGCCUGCGCUCUUGGGCACUGCUGAAAACUUCACUGUGCUCAUCAAGAAUAAUAUUGACUUCCCCAGACACAACUACACCACGAGAAACAUCUUGCCGGAUAUAAACGUCACUUGCACCUUUCACAAGACUCAGAAUCCACAGUGUCCCAUUUUCCGACUAGGAGAUAUCUUCCAAGAAACAGGAGAUAAUUUUUCAGAUGUGGCAAUUCAGGGAGGAAUCAUGGGCAUUGAGAUCUACUGGGACUGCAACCUGGACAGGUGGUUCCAUCACUGCCGUCCAAAAUACAGUUUCCGUCGCCUUGACGACAAGACUGCCAAGGAGUCCUUGUACCCUGGCUACAACUUCAGAUAUGCCAAGUACUAUAAGGAAAAUAAUACCGAAAAGCGGACCCUGAUAAAAGCCUUUGGGAUCCGUUUUGACAUCCUGGUUUUUGGCACCGGAGGAAAAUUUGACAUUAUCCAGCUGAUCGUGUACAUCGGUUCAAACCUCUCUUACUUUGGUUUGGCCACUGUGUUCAUUGACUUUCUCAUCAACACUUACUCAAAUAAAUGCUGUCGAUCCCGUAUUUAUCCCUGUUGCAAGUGCUGUGAACCCUGUGCAGUCAAUGAAUACUACUACAGAAAGAAGUGUGAAUCCAUUGUGGAGCCAAAGCAGACAUUAAAAUAUGUGUCCUUUGUGGAUGAACCCCACAUUAGGAUGGUAAAUCAAAGGCUACUUGGGAGAAGUCUGCAAGAUGUUGAAGGUGAAGAAGUGCCAAGACCCCCGAUGGACUUCACAGACUUGUCCAGGCUGCCUCUGUCUCUUCAGGAGCCACCCCCCAUUCCUGGACAACCAGAGACUAUCCAACUGCUCAGUGAAGGGGCAAGCCCUAGAUCCAGUGACUGCCCGAAUUGGUGCCAGUGCGGAAAGUGCCUCCCAUCCCAACUCCCUGAGAGACAAAGAUGCUUGGAGGAGCUGUGCUGUCGGAAAAAGCUGGGUGCCUGUAUCACCACCUCAGAGCCAUUCAAGAAGCUUAUCCUGUCCAGACAUGUCCUGCAGUUCCUCCUGCACUACCAGGAGCCCUUGCUGGUGCUGGAUGCAGAUUCUACCAACAGCCAGCUGCGGCACUGCGCCUACAGGUGCUAUACUACGUGGCGCUUUGGCUCCCAGGACCUGGCUGACUUUGCCAUCCUGCCCAGCUGCUGCCGCUGGAGGAUCCGGAGAGAGUUUCCCAAGAGGGAAGGCCAGUACAGUGGCUUCAAGAGUCCUUACUGAUGUGCUGAGCAGUCAUAUAAUAUUGCCUUUGCUUGCACCUUGAGCUUCACCUGCAAAGAUGUGUGUCCAGAUUUUCAGCCACAGGGAAAUGUGCUUUCCUCCUCCCCCAGCUCUGUUUGUGUCAGAGAGCAAAGUGACCGGAGUAAACAAACAGCAACUAAACUAGAAUCCCUCAGCAUGGACUGAGAGUCAAGAGAUUCAGAUUUAUAUCUCCAUUCUAUCCCUAGGAAGUUGUGUGAUCCUAGGCCUUUAACCUCUGUACCUCAUUUGCCUUAUUAUCCAAUCUAUUGUUUCACAGGGAUAUUAGGAGAGCAAAUUGAGACAGUGUACACAAACUCUCUUUUUAACGCAUAAAGAGCUACAUGAAUAUGAAGCAGCUCAUUUUGAGGUGAGACUAGGAUAAUGUCCAACUAUCAACAAACCCUUGGGUCCUGGUUAAAGAAUGGGGAGGAUUAAAAGUUUUGGCACAAAUUUUUUGGCAUUUGUCCUAUAGACCUGAGGGGUUAUAUCUCCUCCCCUUGUGUCUUGGCAGCUCUGAUCACUUUAUCCAAUGAUAAAGUGAUGCUGUGUCAGCUUCAGGGUCUUGGUCUUAAGAUGCUGUCAGCUUCCACUUCCUGUCCCUUGAAACUCUUGCUGUGAAGGAAGCAAGCUCCCAUGUAAAAAUCUGCCUAUCCUGAGUCCAUCCUGCUGUGAAGAAGCCCAAGCAGCCAUGUGAAGAGGAGAGAUGCCCCCAGCAUUCAAGCCAUCCAAGCCCAUGGGAGAGAAGAAGCCUUCAGAUGAUUCCAGAUCCUGCUAACAUGUGACUGCAACUGCAUCAGACAACCCAAGUGAGAGCUACCCAGUGAACCCACAGAACAAAAAUUGUUAUUU